CAACGUCAAAAAAUGUCAAAUGACAAAAUAGAAAUUGCCGAAAUGCCAAUUUAAUUCAAUAGAUUUCGGCGAUAUCUGAUUGCUUAAAUGCAAUAUAAACAUAUCGCUUUAACUUUCAUCGAAAUUUUCUAACCCUGGUGCCUCUAAAUAUAUCGAAGAAAAUAUGUGAAAUAACUUAUACUAAACGACUUGAUGUGACUUUGUCGUUUUGAGCAGGUUUACGGCUUAGUUGUGAACCUAAGUGGUGAUGUCUUUAAAGCCAAAUAAGAAGACGCCACCGUAUUCAAUUUUUGCCACAUAUAUGAUGAAAAUUAUCCGUCUAAAGGCAAAUUAUGUCAUUGAACUAUGCCUUUGCUUUUUCACUGUUUCUUCUACUACUUGUAGGUCUUAACCUUUACUUCUUUUACGCCUUAAAUACGACUGGAAAAAAACCUUCACCUUAUGUGGUACCCAAUAUUAAAUUAGAUUUAGGACCAAGUCUUUUCAAAGAUAUAUAUACACAUUUUAAUUAUUUGCCAAAACAAUACAAAACAAAAAAUCCUAAGUUUAUAGUAAAACAAAAAGAUCUUAUAAGCCUGUUUAACUCCAGUGCGGGUACAAAUUCUAAGGAUGUUUUGUUUGAAACUGAAAAGUGGGUCAGUGAUGAGUCUUUAUUCCCUCAUACCAAUGGAGCACCAGGUCAGAUCCUGCGUGCAAUUCAAAACUCACAGAUAGCAUUGGUUGAUAAUGCACCAAAAGGGACACAACUUAAACUAUUACUGUUGUUAGAGGGUAAACAAAAACUUUACUUCAAGCCAAAGAGAUAUGAACUAGAUAAUGUAAUAAAAGGCAAAAUAUAUGCUGGUUAUGAUCGACACAAUUCAGAAGUGUUUGCCUAUUACUUAGCAAUGGCAUUGAACUUCAAAUGGAUUGCUCCUUCUGUUAUAAGAAAGAUUCACAUUGAGAGAGACGUAGUGCCAAAAGCAACAUUAGCAUUAAAUAAAACUAUGGUGAAAAAUGAAAGUGGCUCAACUUGUAUUUAUGGAAAAUGUUUUUACUGUAAAAGAAAUGAAACAGUGUGUCCCGAUCAAAAUGGUGAAAUAGAAGGCGCCGCCAUAUUAUAUUUGGAUAGACAAUUUAAAAUUCAUAAAUCACCCUGGCGUAGAUCUUAUACUACAAAAAAGAUGGAAUGGGAAGAAGAUAAUAAUUUUUGUAAGAAAGUUACAGCAACCUUGAGUUUAAAGAGGAUAUUAAAUCUGAUAGAUGUGGCGAUUUUCGAUUUUUUGAUACAAAACGGCGAUAGGCACCGUUAUGAAGUAUAUAAAGACCAAAUAGUAUUGUUAGACAAUGGUAAAGGUUUAGGAAACCCUUCAGUAGAUGAAUUGGAUAUUCUAGCUCCACUCUACCAAUGUUGCAUGUUAUCUUUAAAAACAUGGCAAAACUUGGAAUUACUUUCGGGUGGGAGUUUAUCUGAGACAAUAGAACUCUUGGCAGGGUAUCAAGGAAACAAAUUAGCUACGGAAGAACACUUUAGGGCGGUGGAUCGGCGACUCAUGAAAAUUUAUGCCACCGUGCAAUACUGCAUAGGCAAAUACGGAAACACAAAAGUACUUAAGAAAAUUUAAGUCAAUUUUAGACAUUUAUAUUAUCUUUGAAUUCUUAGUGAGAACUUUAUUAUUGUUACUAUGAAAUUACUAAAUUAUAAAUGGGAUAUUGUACCUGUUGUACUCUUGUUUUAUAUCUACCAUGAC